AUGUCAGCUGAAGAUCAUGUGGCUGUCAAGACUAUGCUCAUUGAUGUCAACAUUGAUACUGAGUCUAUACUAUACACUGCACCCUCCAGUGAGGAGGGAGCAGACUUUAGUCACAAAGGUAGAGAGUAUGAAGCAUUUGAAGGGCUAGCUCAGCAGAUGACAGACCUCUCUGGAUUCUGCUAUGUUGACCUACACACUCGCAAUGAUCACAUCAGUAUUCAGAAUGUGAACUAG